AUGAACAAUGGACGUCAUUCUUCCCUUCGGCUUCAGAAGGCGUUGGAACGGCUUCGAAACGUCGCAGAUUCGCCGAGACGAAGCCGAAAAGGGGGCGUGGCCGUGCUGAAGUCAUGUAAGUUGGUGCGUUCGACUCCGGCCUUCAGUAUUGUGGCCAAAACCGAAGCUGGCCAGACUUUACGAUUCCGGCAACUGAUCAUUAUGAAUCUCGGCGUCCGAACGAUCGACCUUUUUCUUGUUGUUUCGUUGUUAGGUAAGGUGAUAUUGGUGGUUUGAAUAAUUAUAUAAAAGCGUUUAUAAUAUUGCUGUAUUUAAGAGUUUUAAAAAUGUUAUAUCGGUCAAAAAAUAUGUGGAAAAAGUGCAUUUUUGAUAUAAAUUUUGAAAAUAAAAAAAAAAUUUUUAAAUUUUUUGAAUAACUUUUGGUUCUUUAGUACGAAUAUGGUUUGAGCCUUGUUUUCCUGCGUUUUACGGUUUAUUUUGUUGUGUGUAAGGUUGUUUUUAAUUUAUGUAUAUCGGGCAAUGAUUUAUGACAUGCUAUGACAUUCGGCCAAGCCUACUUUUACUGCGUUUUAAAGUGGUUUAACAGUACUAUAGCCGUUAUCUAAACCCUGACAAUUUAAAAUUGGCUUUCGAAUUUUAGUUUUUCCAAUUUGAGAAUUCAAAAGUUCAAGAUUUUGACAAUUUCUUAUUUAAAAUUCACUUUUUUUGAAUUUAAAGCACAAUAACUGCAUUUUAAUCUAAACUCAACAAUUUUUUACUGUAACCUUAUCAAGUCUAUCCAAAACAAAAGCACUAGUCUAAUUGUUUUUACCAUGCUCUUCUUAGACUCUGUAGGCAUAGUUUUUAAAAUCAGUAGACAUGGUUCUGUACUAACGUCUACUGUAGUUUCGUGUUUACAUCAAAGUUUAACUACAUUCUGCCGGUUUAAGAAGACGUCUCGGUUACGAUUCCGUGUCUAUCUACUGGAUUUUGUUUAUUUCCCUGUUUGUCGUGUCUUUUUGAUGUCAUGUUUUCAGACAUUUUUAAUGUAAUUUCCGAUUUUUUUACGAAUUUGAACUGCAAAGUCAGCAAAACUUCAAAACUCUUGAAAUUAUAUUAAUCUACAGACUUUUGGUUAUUAAUAUUACUGUAGAUUUGUGGGAAAUUACUGUGGUUUAAAAGAGCAAACUUUUAGAAAAAAUUCUUGAUUGGAGUGAAAAAGGUAACAAGUUUUUUUCUUAAAAAAAGUUUUAAAAGUUUUUUUAAAUGUAAAAAAAAUAUUUCUGCUCUUUCAAUCCUUGGGAUCACAUAACAUACUGUAGUGUCAGAAAUUACUGUAACGUUUAAAACUAAUUUUUUCAAACUUUUUCAUUUAAGUAUACUGUACUUUGUGCAUGUCUUUGACAACAUUUUUACCAUUGUUUUCUUAAUUUUUGCAUAUUUAUUCAAAAAUCUUCCGAAUUUUGGAUUUCCGCAACUUUUGCAUAUUGUUAUCCCCUUGCACGCCACUUAUUACCAUAGCUAUAUUUACACCCAUCUCAAUAUAUAAGUGCCUCUAAAUUUACAUUUUUUAACCAACGCCACGUCAACUGUGAUCAAAAAACGGUCAGGGUCACAUUUGUCGCCAGUUACAUAGAAACAAAGUUGCCAUGAGACUGGGAACCAUUAGUUAUGCAUACUCGGCUCUUGUUAACAUACGGAGGUUUUGUUCGUCUUCAGGCCAAAGAAGUAGUCAUAAAAUAACAAGUCACAGUUACUUUCAAAGGUAAUGACGGUGGACCUGAGGGCAAAAUAUAUGAACUGAAGGAACAAAACAUGACUUGGGGGUACGAAAAAUGAACUUUUGUGGUUGAACGGGUCGAGUACGAUUGAGAAAAUAAGUCAGUAUAAGAUUGACAGGGAAAAAGCAUAUGUAAUAUAGUUAUAAAACUAAAUAGUACCUAAUAGGUUUUGGAAAACAACUGGUAGUUAAUGUUUGGAACAAGAAGUAGUUGAUAUGUUCUUGAAAACAACUACAAGUUGAUAUGUUCUUAAAAACAAUUACAAUGUAAUAGCAUAACUGUUGAUCACGUGGCCUGGUAAUGACUUUGGAGUAUUUUUAGAAUGUAAUGAGGUCUUUAAAGUUGGCAAAAAAUAUUUUUUGACGUGGCAGCAAGGGCUUGUAUUGUCGUUACAGUAGCUUGAACAUAAUCGUUUUUUGACUUUUGUUUCGAAAUGCCAUUCCAUUUUAUACAGUAACUAAGAAGGUACUACUAUCCUUGAUGCAGUACCUUUAAACAAUAUUUUCUUCUUCAUAUCUUUACAAAACUCUGAAUGUCUGUCUCCCCAGCUUUACUUUUGUACUACAUGUUCUUAUUCAUAUAACACAUAACAACAUUAAAGAUCGCCCUUCCCCACAACUUUCAAUAGAAUCAUAAUUUCAUUGUCGGAAUCCAAUCUUUAUCUUCGUCACAACUUCAUUGCCAUCAAUCUUCGUCACAGCUAUUUCUGUCCUAUUAAAUGGCAUCACUCUCAGUAAUACAUCUACCAUAACAUAUCACUUCUCUAAUAUAAAUCAAAUAAGCGGCCCGAGUCAAAUUAAUUUUGUGCCGAACGGUUUGAGGCCAGGAUUUGUUUUUCACCAUGAACAACAUCUUGGCCUACAUUUUACGUUUCGUCCGAUACCCUCAGGGAAUUAGCGGCGAAUUCAACCGGAGAACAGUUUCAAUUCGCAGAAAUGUAAAAUGCACGCAACAUAAAAAUGUUUACCCGAUUUAUUAUAGUAACAAGGUUAUAGUAGAGUUACAGUAGGGUUAAGACACUAAAAACUGCUGAAGGGGAGAUAGUUUGAAAAAGUUUUAAAAAUAAUUAAAACUUUGCAAAUUUAAGUUAAAAUCGUUGUAAAUGACCGUUUUUCUAUUAAAACUGUAGAAAAUCGCAAUUAAAAUAAAUAAAAAAUUUUUAAAACUGUCACAUGUUUACUACUUAGUGUUGUGUACCAUGUGAUUCUCCUUAAAUUUCCUUUCUUACCGUGCCAUUUCAGGAAUCCUAACGCAACUAAUCCAUGGUGCAGCUCUCGUCCCCGUUCAGACUCUAGAAGACAGUGAAUUAAGUAAGUGAUGCCAUCUCCAGAUUCUCACGCUUCUGAAAUUACUGCACAAUAUUUGCUUUUUAAAGCUCUGUUAAUAGUAAAUGGAUUUUAGAAAUUAGUUUUAGCAUUAUUAUAAAACUGAUAACACUUUUUUUACAUGAUUCCGACUUCUAAAUCCAAUAAUUUUGGCAUCUGAAUCUAAUAAUUUUAAAACCAUAAAUUAAUAUCUUCAGAUGAAGACAAACGAGCAGGUGGCCGCGCCUUCCUAGCAUCAGAAGACAAACGAGGUGGUGGCCGCGCCUUCCAGUUCAACUCGAAACGUGGCGGUGGCCGUGCCUUCCAAGAUGUUGAGGAGAAGCGUGGAGGAGCUCGCGCCUUCCUACCAGUCGAUUACAAACGAGGCGGUGGCCGGGCGUUCAGCGGCUUCGCCAACGACGGCUACUACCUUUUGAACAAACGUGGCGGCGGCCGUGCCUUCUACGGUGGCUUCAACUACGGCAACCUGUACGCGCCCAGCUUUCCGUUGAGCUACGAGAAGAAGGCCGACUACGUGCCCUACUACCUAACGGAGAUGAAGCGUGCUGGAGGCAGGGCAUUCCAGCCCAGAUACUACGACCCAUAUUACUGGUACGCGGACCAGUCCAAGCGGGCGGGCGGACGAAGUUUUCCGAUUAGCGACGAAUCCAAGCGGAUGCUGGAGGAGGAGAGCAGGUUAGCGUAG